CUCACUUCUAUAGACAUGGCUAGCUUGGCGGAUGUCGGGUGGAAGCUGUUGGAGUUCAAAGCCAAAUCAAAACGUUCAGUAGUUUUGUAGUUUAGAUGAAAGACGAUUGCCUUUACACCUUUUGAAAAUGGCCAGCUCAGCGUAUGAGAUUUCCAGCGCCCGACACAAACUUCAAAGAUAUGGCUCAAUCUAUGAGCCCCUCAAGCUCUCCAUCCUCCAUCGUGAAGAUGAGCCCCUGUGGGAGAAACUGGACCGGUACUACAAUGCAGUGAAGUCAACCAUCCUUAAUUUCCAGAGCCCCACAACUGGCCUGUUCCCAGUGAGGACAUGCUCAGAUUGCAAAGAGGCCAAAGUACGGGACUCUCUGUACUGUGCAGCCAGUGCCUGGGCUCUGUCCCUGGCCUACAGACGCAUUGAUGAUGACAUGGGGCGCACUCACGAGCUGGAGCACUCAGCCAUCAAGUGCAUGAGAGGGAUACUGUACUGCUACAUGCGCCAGUCUGACAAGGUUGAGCAGUUUAAGCAGGACCCAAAUCCAUCCAAAUGCCUGCACUCAAUAUUCAACGUGCACACAGGGGAUGAGGUGGUCUCCUACAAUGAUUAUUGUCACCUGCAGAUUGAUGCUGUCUCCCUGUUCCUGCUCUACCUGGUGGAAAUGAUCUGCUCUGGCCUUCAGAUCAUCUACAACACAGAUGAGGUUUCUUUCAUCCAGAACUUAGUCUUCUGUGUAGAAAGAGCUUACAGAGUCCCUGACUAUGGAAUGUGGGAAAGAGGAAGCAAGUACAACAACGGAAGCACUGAGCUGCAUUCAAGUUCUGUUGGGCUUGCAAAAGCAGCACUUGAAGCUAUCAAUGGGUUCAACCUGUUUGGAAAUCAGGGCUGCUCUUGGUCAGUCAUUUUCGUUGACUUUGAUGCUCACAACAGAAACCGACAGACAUUAUGCUCCCUGCUUCCAAGAGAGUCACGAUCACAUAACACGGAUGCUGCCCUCCUGCCCUGCAUCAGCUACCCAGCCUUUGCCUUGGAUGAUGACGCCCUCUAUACUCAGACACUGGAUAAGAUUGUACGCAAACUGAAGGGGAAGUAUGGGUUCAAGCGCUUCCUGAGAGAUGGCUACAGAACUGCCAAUGAGGACAAGAACAGGAGAUACUACAAACCUGCGGAAAUGAAGCUUUUUGAUGGAAUUGAAUGCGAGUUCCCCAUAUUUUACAUCUACAUGAUAAUUGACGGUGUCUUCAGAGGAAAUUCAGCUCAAGUCAAGGAGUAUCAAGAAUUAUUGGACUCCAUUAUUUUCCAGUCCUUUGAUGGGCAUGCUGUCAUCCCCAAAUACUACUAUGUACCAGCUGACUUUGUGGAGGCUGAGCAGAAGAAGCAGGGGAGCCAGAAGCGUUUCCCCAGUAAUUCAGGACGAGACGGCAAGCUCUUCCUCUGGGGGCAGGCCCUCUACAACAUCGCCAAGCUGCUUGUGGAUGGCUUGGUUAGCCCCAAGGACAUUGACCCCAUUCACCGCUACGUUCCGCGGGAAGACCAGAGGAGUGUCAACAUGAGAUACUCUAAUCAGGGCCCCAUUGAAAAUGACGUGGUGAUCCAUGUGGCCCUGAUUGCUGAGAGUCAGAGAUUACAGGUCUUCCUGAACACCUAUGGCAUCCAGACCCAGACACCUCAGCAAGUAGAGCCCAUUCAGAUCUGGCCCCAAAAGGAGCUGGUGAAGGCCUACCGGUUCCUGGCUGUCAACAAGAAGCUGGGACUGAGUGGGCGCCCAGAGAGACCAGUGGGCUGCAUUGGGACCUGCAAGAUUUAUCGAAUUCUGGGGAAGACUGUGGUUUGCUAUCCGAUUGUCUUUGACUUGAGUGACUUCUACUUGUCUCAGGAUGUCAUGUUGUUGAUUGAUGACAUCAAGAAUGCCUUGCAGUUCAUCAAACAUUGCUGGAAAAUGCCUGGUCGACCACUUUUCCUUGUACUCAUUAGGGAAGAUAACAUCAGGGGAAGCCGCUUCAACCCUGUCCUGGAUAUGCUGGCAUCUUUCAAAAAGGGAAACAUCGGAGGGGUAAAAGUCCAUGUGGACAGACUGCAGACUCUGAUAUCUGGUGUGGUGGUGGAACAGCUGGACUUUCUCCGUGUAAAUGAAGUCGAUGAAAUUCCUGAAUUUAAGAGCUUUGAGGAGCUGGAGCUGCCAAAAAAUUCAAAAGUGAAGAGGCAGACUAGCACACCCAAUGCCUCCGGCCUGGUGCAGCAGCCUGAAAUCAACAUUGAAGAGUGGACUCAGAAAUCCACCUCCGAAAUCCUGCAGAAGUUUCACGACUGUGACUGCCUGGCCAGCCAGGCACAGCUCGCCGGCAUCCUCCUGAAGAAAGAGGGACCUGAUUUCAUUGAAAAAGAUGCAAACCUCCUUGAGGAACUGGAACAGAUCUAUAGACGAGCCGGAAGCCGAAAACUUUGGCUGGCAGUCCGUUACUCUGCAGCUUUAACCACGAAGUUUGCCAGCUCUAUAGCACCACAUAUUACCACUCUGGUAGUUCAUGGCAAACAGGUGACACUGGGGAUAUUUGGGCAGGAGGAGGAGGUGAUCUCAAACCCCUUAUCUCCAGCGGUCAUCAAAGACAUCAUCUACAGCAAGUGCAGCCCCCAUGACGAGCGUGAGUCUGUGCUGCAGCAGGAGCUGGUCAUCCACAUCGGCUGGAUCAUCUCCAACAACCCCGAGCUCUUCAGUGGCAUGCUCAAGAUCAGGAUCGGUUGGAUUGUGCAAGCCAUGAAGCAUGAGCUGGAGAUCAGGGCAGGAGAUAUGCCACCCCAAGACAUAUACCAGAUGUCUCCCAGUGAUGUCAAACAGCUGCUCCUGGAUGUGCUCCAGCCACAGCAGACUGGGAGGACCUGGCUGAACAGGCGCCAGAUUGAUGGCUCUCUCAACAGGACACCUCUAGGUUUUUACGACCGGGUCUGGCAGAUUUUGGAGAGGACCCACAAUGGCAUUGUUGUUGCCGGUGUGCAUCUCCCACAGCAACCCACCCUGUCGGACAUGACGAUGUACGAAAUGAACUUCUCUCUGCUUGUGGAGGACAUGCUAAAGAACAUCAUUCUACCUGAGUACAGGCAGAUAAUUGUUGAGCUGCUGAUGGUUGUGUCUAUUAUCCUGGAGAGAAAUCCCGAGCUGGAGUUCCAGGAAAAAGUAGACCUGGACUCUCUGGUCAAAGAGGCUUUUAAUGACUUCCAGAGGGACCAUGGCAAGCCUCAGGGGGUCAAGAAAGAGUGUUUUUCACAGGAGGACAUGGAAGCAUUCUACAACACCCCUCCUUUGGGGAAACGUGGCACCUCCAGCUACAUGACCAAAGCUGUUAUGAUCCUGCUGCUCCAGGGAGAAGUGAAGCCUAGUAAGGAUGACCCCUGCUCUGUCAGCUAAGCUCCACUGCACCCCACAGGACAAGAGCAGCCUACUCCAUUGGCCAAACAAAAACAUGAAAGUCAAGGAGAAAGCUCCACAGAAUAUGCUGUAAUUCUAAUAUCCCGAAAGAUGUCUUUGAACAACACAAGAAUGUUUUGCAUGGCAUGGCAAGGUGUGUUUUGAGUAUUUGCAGUAUGACUUAAAUAAAGGCAAGCUAAGCCAAACUCAUUGGCGCCUUGGCUAUUUUAAAAUGCAGCUUAUCAGGGGCAGCCAGAAGAUUUGGUGAAUGCAUGUUUGGCUGUAAGUGCUUCUGGGUAGUGUUUGUUUGCUGGUUUGUAUGAGUUUUAGAGCUGAUAAGAGAUUCCUCUUAAAUGCAAUGGGUAUAUUUACUGACAAAGCCACUUGUCAGUUUUACUUGAGUUGGUGUCAGCCAUUCUUCUUGUCUGGCAGUCAAUUUUCAGAACUAGGUUAUGUGCCAUUUCACUUUCCUUUUCUCAUCACAAACAUUGUGCCAAUCAGAUAUCAUAGAUGUGCUGGCUGUAGGUGACAAGUGUGAAAGUAAAAUUUGAGUGGUUCUCACAGCAUGAAGUUUGGUGUUAUUUUAUUAACAAUGUUUAGGAAUGGAGAGAGAUCACCUAAAUUAAAACAGCAAACAUACAUUUUGUAAUAAUAUUAUGUAUAUAUUCUGUCCUUUCCAAAGUCAUGGGGUAUAACAUUUGAUUGCAUGAAAACAGGUGUCACUACAAGUGUGACUACAUGUGAUGAAGAGAGUCACAUCAAAAUAUUGUAGUGGUCACAGCACAGAACUUUGACUUCAAACCAACAGAACCAAAUGCAGAAUUAGGGAAAAGUUAAGACAGCCCACUUUGGUAGUGGAGCUUAUUAAUGCUUUAAAGGAGGAAUGUAGGACAAUACCAUCUAUAUAUACAGUCUGACAACAACAACAACAACAAAAUUCUGCUCAUAAGCUUUGCGGACACCAAGGAGAAAAAUGAAAAAUACUGAUUUCAUGUUGAACAGCAAAACAACUCUGAGACUAUUUCUCAGAAGAAGAACCUCCUAGUCUGAAUGCAUUAAGGGAAUAAGGCUUUACGUAAAACCAUUGUAAAUGGUCACAUGCAAUGAUAGAGUUCAGUAAACUGAAUGUGGAGAAUACGCUGAAGAAAACCCAACCCAUAUUCAGAGUAAGUGACAUUCUUAGGCCAUAUAUGAUGUAAAAUUUACCUUUUAUUCCAGGCCAAUACUGAGCAGCUUGUUUUCCCAUGUGGAGAGUUGUGGGUUUGCAAAUGGGUAACAAAAUGUGAGACAUGAUAUUAUAAAUUAAACUGGAUAGGAUUAUGCAGUAACUUGCUUCUUACAAGUCAGUGGCAGUAAUAGGAUGGCAAAGGAGCAAGGAUGGCUAAGGAGCAAAGGAGACAUAGCCGUUGAACAGUACAGUUCAUUCACGUUAACUAAAAUGAGAUACUCUGUUUAACUGCACACCGUUCAAGCUCAAUUUUAAUGUAACUGAUUUGACUGAAUUCCAUAAUAUCACAAUCGUCCAGAGAAUAUGCCAUUAUCUUGUUCAACCUGUUCAGUAAAUUUAUAUAUAUAUAUAAAAACAGCAUGCUGUUGGGAUGAUUUGGAGUUAAAUUUUAAAUGUGGAGAGUGUAUUUGUGUGCAUUAUUUUGUUUUUCUGGUUUGAACUGCAUGCAGCUGUCAAACUAAUUCUGUCAUUGGAUGUCCUGAAAACAUAUCAUUUGGAAGAUUAUGUCACAAAAUUAGCCAGCUUGCUAUAUGAAGGGUUAUGAGAACAGAGGGAACAGGAACCAAAAAAUCUGCUUCUAGUCAUAACUAACAGGUCAGGAAAAAAAGAAUUUAUUUUCUCCCCAUCCAAAUGAGAAGAAGUCCUUGCCUUAACACUGAGAACAAUUUUAUCCCCUGUUAAAUCUUUAUAUGCUGUUAUGAAACUCAUAGCACAUACAUAAAAGUUAUUUGUAGUUUAUA